ACAAGGGUUUACAAUGGUGGAAUGGGUGCGGGUAAUUCCACUUUUGGCGUAUGCGGGCAGCUCAGGUCUGCAAGAGGGGAAUGUUAAUGGCAGCCACGGUGAUGGCAUACAUAACCUUAAUUCUCCAGAAAUAGAAUCAGAAUUAGGUUUUCUCUGCUCCUCAACAUUGCGUAAAUGCCUUGGUUUGCGUUUGCGGGCUUCAGAGGCUUGGACUCGCGUUAAAUUAAAUUUCAGGUAGCAGAUUAAAUCUUGAUUGGAAAAGUUUUGAGUUGAAGAAAAAUGGAAGGCUCAUCUCGAGGUAGCAGCAAUUUGGAGAUGUAUUUACCAAAUUAUAAGCUUGGAAAGACUCUCGGGAUUGGCUCAUUUGGUAAAGUGAAGAUUGCAGAACACGCUUUGACAGGACAUAAGGUAGCCAUAAAGAUCCUUAAUCGCAGGAAGAUAAGAAACAUGGAUAUGGAGGAAAAAGUGCGACGAGAAAUCAAAAUUUUGAGAUUAUUCAUGCAUCCCCAUAUCAUACGUCUGUAUGAGGUCAUUGAAACUCCAUCAGAUAUAUUUGUUGUAAUGGAAUAUGUCAAGUCUGGGGAACUCUUUGAUUAUAUUGUUGAGAAAGGUCGAUUACUAGAGGAUGAGGCCCGAUGUUUUUUCCAGCAGAUUAUAUCAGGUGUUGAAUAUUGCCACAGAAACAUGGUAGUCCAUCGUGAUCUUAAGCCAGAGAACUUGUUGCUAGAUUCGAAAUGCAAUGUUAAGAUUGCAGAUUUUGGUCUUAGCAAUGUUAUGCGUGAUGGACAUUUUCUUAAGACAAGCUGUGGAAGCCCAAAUUAUGCUGCACCUGAGGUUAUCUCAGGUAAGCUAUAUGCAGGGCCUGAGGUGGAUGUAUGGAGCUGUGGAGUUAUCUUGUAUGCACUUCUUUGCGGCAGUUUGCCUUUUGAUGAUGAGAAUAUUCCAAAUCUCUUCAAGAAGAUUAAGGGUGGAAUUUACACACUACCAAGCCAUUUGUCAUCUGGAGCAAGGGAUUUGAUCCCAAGGAUGCUUGUUGUAGAUCCUAUGAAAAGGAUGACUAUUCCAGAAAUUCGUCAGCAUCUCUGGUUCCAGGAAAAACUUCCGCGCUAUUUGGCUGUUCCUCCUCCUGAUACAGUUCAACAGGCAAAGAAGAUUGAUGAAGAAAUUCUCCAGGAAGUGAUAAAAACGGGUUUUGAGCGAAACCAACUGGUAGAAUCUCUCAGAACCAGAAUUCAGAAUGAGGGUACAGUUGCAUAUUAUUUGAUGCUAGAUAAUCGGUGUCGUAUUUCCAAUGGUUACCUUGGGGCCGAGUUUCAAGAAGCAAAGGAAAACAUGCAACGUUUUAUAACCAAUGAUCAUCCAGUUUCAACUGUGAGGCACAGAAUGCCUGCUUUUAUUGAUCAGGGAAGUGCUUCAAGAUCCCAAUUUCCAGUUGAGAGGAAAUGGGCUUUAGGGCUUCAGUCAAGAGCACAUCCUCGUGAGAUAAUGACAGAGGUUCUCAAAGCACUUCAAGAGCUGGAUGUUGGAUGGAAGAAGAUUGGGCAUUACAAUAUGAAAUGCAGAUGGCUUCCUUGUUUAACUAGAAACAUCGAUUCCUCCACCAAUAACCACGGAAACCAUAUUUUCCAAGAUGCAAUAGAAAAUGAUGGUAUAAGUUCUAGAUCGCCGCAGAAUGUUGUCAAGUUUGAAGUGCAACUUUACAAGACUAGAGAGGAUAAAUAUCUUCUCGAUCUUCAAAGGGUUCAGGGGCCUCAUUUACUCUUCCUUGACCUCUGUGCAGAUUUUCUUGCACAGCUUAGAGUUCUAUGAUAUCUUUGAAACCUCUAUAAGGUUCGAAGUAUUUAGUAAUGUAUCAGUCUUCUGUUGGAGCAUAUGAUGACCCGCAAAUCUCCAAUUAUCCUUGGGUGAAAUAUUAAAAUCUUCUCUAUAAUAGUGUGCAUUAAAGCUUGUUUGGACGGCUAAAAAUUAGAAGAGAAGAAAUGAAAAGUCUCUUUGCCUUUAUUGGAAUGAGCUUUGGUGAUCAGAGUUUGGAGUGUUUCUCACAUGCUUUAUCUUGGUAGUGACAAAAUAACUUUUUCUGACUAUUUAGUGCCCCAGACAAAUAAUAUCGCGAUUGUAGUAUAACCACGUUUUGACUGUUGAAGGCCAUGGGCAUGCUGAUUUUUUCUACUUUUAAAGUGGAAGUUUGUUGAUAUUUAAUUGAAGACUUCCACGGGCAUUUAUAGUCAGUGUUUUAAAAUUCUUAAGGAUUUGACAAACAAUGAUAAAUUUUGUCUCCUAAAGUCCUAAAGGUUUCCCCAAGUGCUCAUUUGUAGUAAUUGUAAUGGUGAAAUUCUUAUACCCUUGCCCUUUUCCCUUAUGAUUUGGGUCCACUUGAAUUAGAUUGUCUUUUAUACAAUAACAAGAUCACAAGUGGCAUCAUUCUUGUGUUAAAUUUGACA